AUGGCGGACGACGAAUAUGAAUACGAAUAUGAUACGAGUGAGAAAAGCACAUUCCUGGUCGAGCUAGACCUCACUACACUGAACGGGAUCAAGCGUGAGAGUGCAUCACGACGUCAAGGUCGCAACAGAAAACGCAACAAGAAGAAGCCCGGUGCUGCGGAGGACGACAACGAUGACGAUGUAUCUGCCGAUGAAGACCAGGAAGCGGAUGGACUCGAUCCCGAUGCUGCUACCGGCGGAUCCAAGCAAAGCCCGGCAGGCUCACUUCAGAUACUGGAUCUGAACACAGCAACCCCCUUCGUGGCGUACAAGGGCGAGUUCUACAAGUGCGACUGGCGCGAUGUCAUAGGCACUGAUGUCUUCUUCGCACCAAGCCACCAGCAGAUGGCAAGCGUACCAUUGCGCUCGACCAAGGACUUUCAGCUGAUGGGCACGUCCCGUAUCAGGUUGCUUGGGUCUAAAGCACGAGUAUUCCCUAAGGCUCAGACUCGGCAGAAACAGCGGUCUCAAGCCGCCCAGAGUGACGACACUGCGUCGAUCUCCUCCGCUCCCAAGACGGCAGCAUCGCAAGCACAAGAGCAAGACGAGUUUUUGCAGCGGCUCGAGAAAAUUCGUGAAGGUCGUCGGAGACAGACCGAAGAAGCCGAAGAAGCCGUUGGUGGUGACAGUGAACCUGCUUGA